UGCCCUCAGGAUACAGAUCAGUGCGUCCAAAUGUCGUCUACGAGGGAGACCAAUACGGCCUCACAGAAGACGGGCGAAUACCCAUCCCAUAUCGGCGCGUCGCGAAAUAUCAAGACGGAAAUACCAUAGACUGGCUACACGAAGAGGGCCUCGAACGAGAGCGGAACCAUGCCCUGCAGUCACAAGCGGGUGUCCGUGGUAUCCUAUUACCAGCGCUGGAGUCCGCGAGGAUGUGGUUCAUAGUGAUUAUGACGGGAAUUGGCAUAGGCGUUGUAGGCGCUUGGCUGGACGUGUUGGUGAAGUGGCUUGGGGAUCUACGCGAGGGACGGUGUUCGUACGGUUUCUUCUACAGCUUGAGCGCAUGUUGUGCGGAUGUCGAUGGGGGUGACGUUUGUCAGGCCUGGAGAAGCUGGGGAGAUUAUUUCAACAUACAAUCUAUCUUUGGGCAUUCUUUACUACAAGCAUCUAUUUAUGUCGUACUUGCUGUCGCUUUCGCUGGAAGCGCCGCUCUCUUAGUGGUUACAUACGCCCCUCAGGCAUUCCAUACUGGAAGCCCAGAAAUCAAGGCUGUUCUUGGUGGUUACGUCUUCGAUGGCUUUCUGUCGACGUGGACACUCUUAAUCAAAGCCCUUGGCCUCGCCCUUUCUGUUGGUUCAGGCCUGUCACUUGGAAAAGAGGGCCCUCUUGUGCAUGUCGCGUGCUGCAUGGCUUUCCUAAUAUCUCGAAUUUUCAAAGAAUUUCGGCAUAACGAAGGCCAAAAACGGCGAGUUCUUGCGGCAGCUGCCGCUGCCGGUGUCUCUGUUGCCUUCGGCAGCCCUUUGGGAGGUGUCCUGUUCGGCCUGGAAGGGCUCGAUACUUUCGCCAACGAGUCUGAAGUGAUGUGGAGGGCUUUCGUCGCCUCUGCCGUUGCAGCAGUCUCCUUGCAGUGGGUUAAUCCCUUUGGAACAGCAAAACUUGUGUUGUUCCAGGUAACAUUUUCGUCUGACACUUGGAGAGCUUUCGAAUUGGUUCCCUGGGUUACACUUGGUGUCAUUGGGGGCGUUUUAGGGUCUCUCUUAAUCAGACUAAACGUCGAAAUUGCUCUGUAUCGUCGCCACUCCGUCUUGGGGGAUUGGCCUAUCCUUGAAGUUGUUUCUGUCAGCGCUGUAACAGCUGCUAUUAGCUAUCUGGUUGUAUUUGCUCGGGUUCAGACAUCUGAACUUGUUGCGAGUCUCUUCCAAGAAUGCGACGUCAGCAAGGGUGACUACCAUGGACUGUGCAAGCCAACAGCAAUGGGCCAGAAUAUCUUUCUCCUGUGUCUGACUGCUAUGCUGAAGAUCAUACUCACCGCGUGGACGUUUGGCAUGCAAGUACCCGCUGGUAUUUUCCUUCCAACGAUAGCCAUCGGUGCUUGUCUAGGGAGAGCAAUGGGUCUGAUUAUGCAAAGUCUAUACCGCAAAUACCCAUGGGCAUGGAUCUUCCUUUCUUGCCCGCCGGACCCUGGUGUUAAGUGUAUAUCUCCUGGGUUCUAUGCAGUCAUUGGAGCCUCUGCUAUGCUUGGAGGAGUAACAAGAAUGACGAGCUCUCUGGUCGUCAUUCUAUUUGAGGUGACUGGGGCACUCUCGCACGUUCUACCCAUAAUGAUUGGCGUAAUGACCUCCAAAUGGGUCGGAGACGCCAUGGGCAAGGACGGUAUCUACUCAGUAUGGAUCGCCAUGCGGCGGUACCCCUGGCUGCCCCCCGCCGAUUAUCGCGACCAAGGAGAGACGGGAGCAAACAUAAUGAAGCCCUUGCCUCACAUCAUUGCAAUCGAAGACGGUGUCACAACGGUCGGCGAGCUGAAAGACGCCCUCAAUGAGCAUCAUUUCCAUGGAUUCCCCGUGGUCGAUAGCCACCAAGAGUUUGUAGGCUGUGCCACGAGGCAGGAGCUGAUCGCUGUGUUAGGACGACUGCAGCUCAGCGAUUCUGACUCGUUGAAGAAAUGCACCUUCUCUCAGAACUACCUUCGGGUGCCCAUCGACGAACGAGUGGACUUAUCGGGCACCUUGGAGGACUCUGUCGUUCAGCUGCGAAAAGAGGUGCCUCUGGAGCUCGUCGUAAGCAUGUUCCAAAAACUUGACCUCCGACAGAUUGUCUUCACCCAUGCCGGAAAGCUAACCGGGCUAGUGACGAAAAGAGACGUCGUUAAUUUAUUGACGAGCCACUUCCCCCAUGCUGCGGCGUUAGCUCAGCAGACACCGCGUUCAGCGCGUUAAU